AUGCAGAAUCAAAAUGCUGCCAUCAAGAAACUGGAGACACAAAUUGGUUAUCUAUUCAAGCAGCUUUCUAACCACAACCUUUGCAAUGAUAACAAUUCAAGCAAAGAGGAGGAGUGUCAAGCUAUAACACUUAGGAGUGGGAAGGAACUUAAGGAACUCUCCCAAAAACCACAAGAAGAAGGUUCAAAUGAAAAGGGAGAAGAGCAAGAUGAAGUUCAAACUCCUACUUCAAGUCCACAAAAAGAAAAAGGCAUGCCAAAACUAAACAUCUCAAGAGCUCCAUAUCCUCAGCAGUUGAAGAAAAAGGAAGAUGACAACCAGUUCCACAAACUACCCCAGAAGUUGAAGGAUCCUGGGAGCUUUCAGAUCCCUUGUAUUAUAGGGGAAAUCACAGUAGAGAAGGCCCUUUGUGACUUAGGAGCCAGCAUCAAUUUGAUGUCAGUAGCAAUGAUGAGGAAUAUGAAGAUCGAGGAGGCUAAACCAACAAAAAUGGCCUUACAACUGGCAGACCGAUCGUUCAAGUUCCCUCAUGGCAUAGUAGAGGAUUUGUUGGUGAAAGUAGGAGACUUCAUAUUCCUGGCAGAUUUUGUAGUGUUGGACAUGCAGGAGGAAGCCAAGUCCUCCAUUAUUCUGGGAAGGCCGUUCUUGGCUACUACUGGAGCUAUCAUUGAUGUCCAAAAAGGUGAUCUUACCUUGAGAUUACACAAUGAAAAGAUGACAUUCAAUAUGUUCAAGGCCAUGAGUUACCCACCAGAAUAA